AUGAACGAAACACUCACGAAUGAAUUCGGAAAGCGCGGCGUAGUGACAGACGCGUGGAACUUUGUUCAGGCAAACUUGCGCUGUUGUGCCGUCGUAGAUAAUGGCUGGCUUGCAUACAGAGAGUCGUGGUGGGACCGUUCUGUUAACGUGGAUAUCUUCGCUAUGUCCUCAAAAUUAUCAGCCUCCCAAGAAAAUAGUUAUUUCUACAAGAUGGUGCCGGUUUCGUGCUGCUUGACUAUAUUUGAUCCCCUAACAGGAUGGCCAACAGACGUUUACCGAAGCAUCACACAAUGCCAGAACUGGCAAUAUGGUCCACCACGUUUCGAAAAUGGGGCGCACAAUGAUGCGAUCUAUUACCGGUGGGCGAUCGCAGAAGCUGUAUACUUCAACGACAACUCUGUCCGCUCUCAUGACCAGAUAAGAGCUAUCCCUGUGGCUAUUUAG